AUGAGAUUCACUUCACCAAACUCUAAACCUUCCCUCACUCCAGUCGGUUACCGACUCCUUCAUCUCUCUGAACAAAAACUGUCCAAUUUGGAUGGUAGUUUGUAUGAUGAAGGACCAGCUCUUUUAAAAGGUGUUCUCGUAAGAGAGGCCGUAAAAAGUGCCUGGAAAAGUGUGCAGGAAGGUUCCGUUGUCGAAAUGAACGAUUGGACUUCACUUUCAGCAAUGGGUUUAGAUGUGGUUUCUGAAGAGGAUGAAGAUGAGAUUGAUCAAGAAUCAAACGAAGAAAGAUGGUUUGAAGAUUUGGUAUCUUCCUUCAACGAAGAUGAAACCGAAAUUCAACAACAAGAAAUCAAUCACGAAUGGGUUGAAAGUAAAGUUUCUGAACCCGUAUUCGAUGAUUUGGAAUAUGACGUCGGUCAUAUUGAAGCCUUCACUUUUCCCAAUCCACUUUCACCUCCUACACUUGUUCCUGCACUUCCUAUUCCUCAAGUUACCAUCACCGAUGUGUCUGAAGUCGAAGUCGGAGAUGAUGACAGCGAGGAAGGUCUCUUGUACUCUCCAGAAUCUUAUCAUCGAUCCAAAUCAACAAUAGAACGAUUCAUUUCUGCUUCUAUCGAGACUGCUCAUAUUACUCCUAUCCUUCAUCCAAUAUCUUCACCACUUUUACUUCCACCUUCACCUAUCGAACCUAUCAAUUCAGAUUGGGACGAAUCGUUAUUCAUUCAACCUCAGUGGUAUAAUGAUUUCGAUGAUUAUGUCGAUGAAUUCUCACUACCACCACCUCUUAUUCGCUCUCUCUCCAGUUCAAGCAACUCUUUCGACGACGAAGAAGAACGAUGCAGUACACCCCCUCUGAGAUAUUCAGAAUUGGACGAAUCUUCCUCUUGGUUCCAACAACUGAAAACCGAUGACCCAGUCGAUUCUGAUUCUGAUGAAAGUGAUGAUGAAGCUUCGAGGAGGUUUGAAGGCGAAAUUGAAACAGUCUUGGUCGGUGUUGUAGGUUUGGCUGUUGGUUUUGGUGAACCUUUUGUUCUUUCAUAG